UGCCACUGCGAUCUCAGAUCAUGAUGGAUGAAUAUCAAUCCUUCAAAGGUCUCCGAUAAUGAGUAUAUGACUCUGGUAUCCCCCCAUCUUCCGAAGGCAGCUUUAUAGGCUGCGCCUCCCUGUCGCCUUCGCAGCAACUUACUUGCAUUAAUAUUAUUACUACUCAGACUCCCCCAGCCAACUCCAGCCGUUAUUUGUUGGCUUCUGUCCACGAUCCUUACCCGCUCGCCACAAGCUUCUAAUACUUUUGAACUUUUAACUCUUCUUCGAGCAGCUGUUCGCUAGCAUGAGUUCAUCAUCGAGCUCCGUAGGUUGUCUGCUCCCUGCAGAAAAUCUUCGCUGCAUUCCUCUGAACCUCAUUCAAAUUCACGCCCUUACCAUCCCCCCUGUUAUCGAGCUCUUUUUCUGUGUGUUUUUGAUUUCAAUGACUUGGAGGUCGAGGAGGGUGCACCUAUUGCUGGCCGCAGAUGGUGUUUUAUAUUUCAUCCUGGCGCUGGUCGACCUUUUAUCGCACGUAGCACCCGCUGCGCGGAAUUCAGCCACCGCUUCGAACGCGGUUGAACUAUUCCUUGGAUCUGUCUCUUUUGUUCCUAUGCUGUCAUACACUUCAUAUCUAGUCUGGCUGAGUCGCAGGGAAUUUGUCACCUACCUCCCUCACCGCCACCAACCUGUAGUCAGAUAUCUACUUACCGGUGCUGUUCCCGUGAUUGUGGCGAUCAAUUUCGCGGCAUCGCUCGGAAUUUCUAUUCGGAAUUUAUCUUUAUCGCAUGCCCAAAUCAUGAUCGAUUUCAACAACAAGAGUGAAUCAGUAUGGCUAAGUCUCGGACAGCUGUCACUCGGAACAUAUACAACCUUUCAAUGUUUUACUGCAUUCCUCGCUCUGUACCGGCUAUUUUUAGCCUUUUUCGAUCAGCAGCGCAUCGACAUCAAGCAGUCCGACGAGCGCCACUUUUUCAAUGGCACUGGAUGGAUCACUGUAGGAAUCAAGCUGGGAGCUAUCGAGUCCAUCGUUGGAUUUACAUCCGGCGGCUUAGCUGUUCCGCUGUCCAGAAGACUCCUACGACUGAUUGGCAGGCUUUGCAUCAUUAUUGGCUCAUUGAAGGGAAUGGAUGAAAAUGAAAACUUUGAGCUCCUCAAUAAGGAGUUGGUCUUAUGGCGUCGCGGCAAGCCUGUAUCGAACUCCCAUUCUCUCAUAGCCAAUCGACGCAUGAGCAUACGGACCUCACAAUUCUCAGACCUGUCUCGCGAGUCUUCUAUAAUUGAAAAAGAUGUGGAAAGGGGCAAGAAAGAUCGACGUGUAACAGCACACGAUGAAGGUGGCGAGGCGCCGAUCUUGCACAUUCGCCUUUCUGCACUCUCUACUCCCAAGCAAGUUAUGCAUGCGGAUGACUCGAGGAGACAAUCUGGCCGGAACAUAUCCGCAGAAGCGCUUGCAUCCCGUAUUGUUGCUCGCCUCUCAAAGAGCAACACACAGCGCCAGUCUGCGAAGCCUAUCUUCGACGACAUGAGCUUCGUCCUUGACCUCACUCCCAACUCGCCCCCCGGUGUUACUGACAAGUACCCCGGGUCCAAGCUCGGUCAAGGAUACGAGGAUCACAAGAAAGAGCUUCCAGUUGUUGGGAUCCCACGCCAGCCAAGCAUGCGUCAUGACACUGCACAGCCAUCUGGCGAUGAGGACGGAGCUUCUGAAACUGUAAUCACCUAUGCCAGCGAUUUCGUGGAACGAAAACCCAUACCUCCGCCUGUAUCCAUCCCGCAGCCCGCGCUUGCGCGCACGGAAGGACCCACGUCACCAUGGACAAAACUUGCACCACAACAGAGCGGCAAUUAUCCAGUGCAGUUUCCCGUAGCACCCACACGGGCAGGAGUCACCAUUUAUUCCCCAACUGCACAAAUGGAUGGCGAGAGCUGGGACACACCGCAGCAACGCCAGAGACAGCUGUCAUCUCUUCACUUGUUUGAUCGUGCAAGCCAAGUCCAUGAUGAUACUGUGCAUUCUUCACAGUGGUCAACUAUUGCGCGUUCCCAAUCGCCUGCGAGCGUACGAAUUCAUAACGGUGGAACGGUAAUCAGUCCAGGAUACACGUUUGCCUGUCCUGACGACGUGAUGUCCCGGUCGAGCGAAGAGACCUUACGUGACGACCAGCACGGAUUUACAGGACCAGCAGGACCACGUAUCCAGACAGCGUUCAACAGAGAACAAGCUUUGCGGAGACUGAAUGGGGAAGUAGGUCCAUGAGACUUCAGACGCAGUUGAGUUCAGGAGCGAAGAUAGUGUUUGGACCAGACGGUGACUUCUUCCUUAUACCUACGUUCAGCACCCCAACAAGACAAUAAUUUGAUUUUUAAAAAAAGAAGAAAAACUACCUUCAGAAUCGGAUGGCUUUCAUGUAUCAUUACUUGCUUUACCCCUCCGUAA